AUGUUAAAAAAGAAUAUUUAAUUUAUAGGAAUAUUUGCAAAAGAUCAAUAACUAGCUUAAGAAACUUUAUUCAAUCUAACACAAAAUUCACUUAAUUUAUUAAAUGAAAAAUUUUAAAAUGAUUUAUAGUUAAAAAACAUGCUUUAGCAACUAAAAUAGAAUUAUCAAUUUCCUCCUAGCAUUCAUUUGACAACUUUUUUUGUUGGAAACAAUCCAAAAAAUUUGAAAUCUUAAGCUUUUACAGAUUUUAAAUAAGAUUUAGAAUAGGAUAUUGUUAUUGAUGCAAUUGCAAUAAGUCCAAAUAAUAUUGUGACAGCAAUUUCAAACCAUAAUUAUUAAAUCCCAUUAACAAAUAAAGUAUCUAUCAUAUAUAUAUUAUUAAUUAAAGUAUUCUCAUGUGACUACUUUGCUUGGAUCAUGGAAACCUAAAGACUCCAAUCAAUUAUUGGAUUAAAUCUUUAAAGAAAUUCCCUAUGAAGAAAUGCAACAUUAAGUAUAAGAAAAUAAGUUUUGGAAAAUUUAAUUAUUAUAAGGACAAGUAGCUUAUGUAGUGUAAUUGAAAAAUAAAAUAGUAAUACCUGGAGUAUGUAACAUGCAUUGAAUAU